AUUGCAAACUCGAAACAAUAGAUAUCGAAUAAAAUUAACACACAAAUGAAGCGCGAACGCGUUUUUCCAUUUAAUUUUUUUCUUCUUUAUUUUUUUUGUAUAAAAAUUUAAACAAAUAAAUAUAAUAUAAAUUAAAAAAAGAAAUAUCAAUAACUAAUAAUUAUAUAAUAAAUAUAAAUAAAUACGUACAUAUUAUGAUUAAAUUUAAAUAAAUACACAUAAUACUUAUUAUACACAGUCAAGUACAUAGUUGAGUUGGUAUUAGAUUAAAUGUAUAAAGUGAAAUAAAUAAAUAAAUAUUUUAAAUUGUAUAAAGAAACAGCAACAGCAGCAACCACCACAAAAUCAAAAAAAAAAUAAGGCAAAUAUUUAAAAUAUUUUAUAAAAAUAAAAACAAAACAAAAAAUGUUUAAAAACAAAAUAAAACAGCCAAGUGAAAAUUCAACUGCAAUACAAAAUUUGUAAAAAAAAAUAAGAAAAAAACACAAAAAUAUGUUAAAUAUUUAAAUUCAAUUCAAAAAAUAAAAAACAAAAUUAAAUUUAUAAACAAAAAAACCAAUUUGUUAAAUAAUUUAAUGCCGAAACGAAAUUUAACGACGACAUCUAACAAAACAACAACAACAACCAAACGAUGAACAACAACCACACACCCGCGCAUUUAACAAAUCUUAAAAUAACACCUCCCGAUACAAACUCCAACAGCCGAACACAAUUUGAGACAACAGCGACAGAAACAGAGGCGACCACGUUCACAAAUGAUUCCUUGCUGUAUUUAGCAAGUUCGGCCAGAAGUAGACUAGAAUCGAACACACUCUGCACUUCACAGCAGGAGGAAGAGGCGGAGGAGCAAUCGGCGGUGUAUAACAGUUACAAAUCUAGUUGUAAUACAAAUAGCAAUAAUAAUGAUAAGAAAUCCGUUUAUACUACACAUAAUACCAGCGUUGCAACAACAAAUAGCAUGGCUUUCGGCCCGAUGACCAGAUGGUGGUGCGGCGGUCUGAGACCAUCAGCGGCGGCGGCUUGUGUUACACUUUUAAUAUUAACAACGACAUGUUCCUUAUGUUCUGCCUCCCUAUGCGAAUCGCAAAGUUGGUGGGAUCCCUACAAGGAUAAAUGUAUAGCUUGCACUGUGUGCCAGGGCGAUAUGAUACCACUGAGGCCAUGUCAAAUGCAUCGAGACACUGUAUGUGGCUCAAUAUAUGAUUUGAAAAUCGAUUGGGUCGUUCUGUCCAAGACGGAGCCCAAUUGGAAGGAGCGACGAAAGUUUGAUGGUUUAGAUUAUGGCUUAGACCACCACCAGUUAACCGCCGAACAGUUGCAACAGCUACAGGAUGAGGCCGAUCCAAUGGAUUGGCAAACGGCUGCUCUCUUCUUGGCUGUUUUGGCAUGUCUUUUAUUUUUCAUUGUAGCCGCUUGUAUUCUAGUACAUCACAUGCGACAAUGGCGACGCAUGGAACGUAGAUUAGAUCAAGAUGUCGAAGAACUUUCAACAAAACUCAUGGCCAAAUUGGCCGAGGUACAAAGUUUAGAGGGAGGUACAUUUUUUAUUGGUAAUGCAGAUGCCUUAAGGAUACCAACGACAACAACAAUGACAACAGCAACAACAUUUCAUCAACCACAACAUGUUAUGUUGCCAGAAAAAUCGGAUAAACAUCAACAAAAUCUACAACAUGAUCGUCGUUUAUUCACUAAUACGACAAGCUUGAAAUCUGGAAAUGUUUAUAUUGAGGAAAAUAGUUCAAAAUGUUAAAGAUGGCUGCUGACUGACGGACUGACGAACUGCCUGCCAGGCUGGGGCUGAAAUCACAAAAACAAUAACAAACAUUAUUUUAAACUCUUACACGAAACGACGAAACUGGAACAUACUUAAAAUUAACAAACAAAUUCUUAUAAUAUGUAAUUAAAAUUUAAAACAAAACAAACAAAAAAAAAAAACAAACUUAACAAUAUUAAUUGUUAAUACGAGUAUGUAUAAGAUGAAAAAAGUAACAAUAUGUCAUCAACAAAAACAAAGGGUGUCAGUUUUGCAUAUUGUAAGGUUAAGUUUUAAGAGGUCAAAGACAAUCAUUUGAAGAAAAAAAUGUUUAAUUUUGUGGAGUGCAAAAAUAAUUUAAUUGGAUUUGUUGGUUUAAGUUUGUUACUGUGAAUAGUAAGUUUAGCUAAACUAAGCUUAAGCUAGAGGAAACUCAAAGUUCUCAGUUUAAAAUUGUAGUAAAUAUGUGUGUUUAAAGUAAAGUUUACUGCAAAGUUUAAGUUUAUAGCAAAUUACAGGUGAAGCAGAGUUAAAUUAAUUAAACAC